UCCGGUGUCGUGGUGCUAAAGUUUGGAGCGCAAAGCUUGCAAGUCCUCUUUCAGUUGCUUUUAGUAGCUGUGGUCUGCCUAAGAAAGACCCCGGGAGACCCUCAAGCACCGCAAUGGCUACUUCCAGAUCCCCAGAAUCCUGUUCUCAUUGUGACACCGCCAAACCACAAUGCCGUCUUGGGAAAACCCCCUGCUGUCCUCAGUCUGCCACCAGUUUGGGGAGAGGAAGACGUUUGGGGAGACCCUGACUCACAGGAAGAAGUGACCUUUGAGGAUGUGACUGUGAACUUCACCAUGGAGGAGUGGGCUUUGCUGUAUCCAUCCCAAAAGAAGCUCUACAGAGAUGUGAUGGGGGAAACCUUUAGGAACAUAGCUGCUAUAGGAAGAAUGUGGAAUAACCAGGAAGUUGAAGAAGACUACAGAAAUUACUGGAGAAAUCUGAGAAAUGAAGAAGUAGAGAAAUGCUAUCAGUAUAAAGCUUGGAAUCAAUACGAAGAAACGUUCCUUUGUACUCCAGUUGCCAAUGUGCACGGGAAACAAGCUGCUUCAACACCACCUGAAAGCCUUGCUUGUAGUGAGGCUCUGAUUGGUCAGUGGUCACAAAAUGUGCCCACCACGGCUCUCACUGUGCUGAAGCCAUAUAAAUACUCGAGAUCUGAAGAGAAUUUCUGUAAAUGUGUUCAACAUGGAAGAAACUGCAGUGAUUUCCAAUCUUUUCAGAAUGAUAGAAGGACAAAGGCUGGAGAGAAAACCUGUGAAUGUGAUCAGUGUAGGAAAAUCUACUAUGGUCUUAGUGAAAGAACUCAUCAUAGAGAGAAGGCCUUUGUAUGUAAGAAAAAUUCGAAAGCUUCUGGCACACACAGUGAUGUUGAGAUCCAUGAAAAAAAUCACAGUGCUCAGAAAUCCUAUGUAUGUGAGCAAUGUGGGAAAGCUUUCAGCACAUAUAAAUAUGUUAAAAUACACAAAAGAUUUCACACUGGGGAUAAACCCUAUGUAUGUAAGCAGUGUGGGAAAGCUUUCAGCACAAGCAGUAAUUGUAGAGCACAUGAAAGAGUUCACACAGGGGACAAACCCUAUGUAUGUAAGAAAUGUGGGAAAGCUUUCAGAACAAACAGUUAUUGUAGAAUACAUGAAAGAAUUCAUACUGGGGAGAAACCUUAUGCAUGUAAGCAGUGUGCAAAAGCUUUCAGCACACUUCGCGUUUGUUGAAGACAUGAAAGACUUCACACUGGGGAAAGACCCUUUGUCUGUAAGCACUGUGGGAAGUCUUUCACUAGAAAAAGUGCUUGUCAAACACAUGAAAA